CUGUUUUUCGGGGGAAGGGAGGAAAGACACACAGUAUAUUGCAAUAUAAGGUCUCUAAGUCUGUGCGCUUUACUAGGAAAAGAUGUUUUUCGAAAAGCGCCUUACACAAGCAAAGCGUUUCCCAAAUCCCUCUAAUGCAUGCCGUUGCUCCCGCUCACCGGGUAUUUUUCAUGUCCGUUAAGUUUAGAAGUCCAGUUCUAAAGAGGCUCCUCCCUUUCCCAAGUUCGCCGUCUCUUCGCUUUCACUUUGCACACAUUCGCACGGGAUAAAGCAGGUGCAGGCAGGCGGCCUUGGGAGAGUCCCGCACCGCUCACCUUGCCCAAGGGGGGGGGGAACCACGUGCCAACAAUUCGCCCGUAGUCGAGCGCACAGAGGGGGCAUCUGAGGUAGUGAAGGGGCGCCGGCAAAGGGCACUGCCAAGUCUUCAGUGCCCGCCUUUCUCCGGCAACCGCCUGCUAGAGAAGGGCGCGGCAGCCCAGUUCAGCUCCGAGUUCCCAGCCAGACUCCGCCCGCGCCUCAGAGCUGCGGUGCUCGCUAGGAGAGUUGCGCCGAGGGGACGCGGGCGGCUGGGGCUUCUCCGGUCUUCUUUUGCCCCGGACCCUACAGAGGAACACGCCGCCUGGGCUCGGCCGUGAGGCUUGCGGGCCGUUUAGGCUUCGGAAGGCCGCUGGGGAGGGCGGAAUAAAAGUUUCCUCCUUCCGACGAGACGCGCGCCUAGUCCGAGCGCGGGGGGAGCUGAGCGAGCGCCAAAGGCGGACUUGGAGCCGCUUCGCACUUCCGUCCCCUGCAGCCCUCCCGGCUGGGCAGGCGAGCCUCCCCGCAGGUCUCCCCCGCCCCGAGAGGCAGGCCGAGUCCGGCCCCUUCCCCAUUGCCAUCUCCGCCCUCCGGCCAGCCCGGCCUCUCCGGCGAGCGCCGCUUGUCGGCCUCCGUGUCUGGGGCCUGGGCGCGCCCUGCCCGGGGCCAUGAUCAGCCGGAGAGAUACCCAGCGGGCUGUGGAGAUUCUGGCCCGGUACCAGGGAAUCUUGCAGUCUCCAGAGGAGCAGCCUCUGCAUGCAUCCAUUGGGAAAGUGGUGCACGUCUUCCAGAGCGAGCUCUUCCAGGCACUGCUGGAUAUCCAGGAAUGUUACGAGCUGAGCUUGUUUUCUGCCAGUAAACAGAAUGGAACUCUGGGUCUGGAACCUUGUAAAUCUGUGGACCAGCACAAUGCAGGCACCAAGUGCUCUCUGGAAAACCAAGGCCAUCACAAACCUGCCCUGCAGGGAGAGCUACGGGGACAAGCAGCUUGGAGCCAGGACUCGGGGCAAGCGCCGCGGCUGGUGAGAGUGACCGAGAGUAGGACUGAGCCGCCAGCCCGAGUGUACAGCUUGGUGGUGGGCGUCUGCAGCACAUUGCCCAAGGCUAGCCCUUCACCCAUCAUUGUGAAUACAGAUGCGCUGGAGCCAAGUCUGUCUGUGAAUGGCAGCGACGGAAUGUUCAAAUACGAGGAGAUUGUCUUGGAAAGGGGUAAUUCUGGCCUUGGAUUUAGCAUUGCUGGGGGCAUCGAUAACCCACACAUCCCUGAUGAUCCUGGCAUUUUCAUUACCAAAAUUAUCCCAGGUGGAGCAGCAGCUAUGGAUGGGCGGUUGGGGGUGAAUGACUGUGUACUGAGGGUGAAUGAGGUAGAUGUCUCCGAGGUAGUGCACAGCAAGGCUGUGGAGGCGCUGAAGGAGGCGGGGCCUGUGGUGCGGCUUCUUGUGCGGCGAAGGCAACCCCCACCAGAGACUAUAAUGGAGGUCAACUUGAUGAAAGGACCUAAAGGAUUGGGCUUCAGCAUUGCCGGGGGCAUUGGGAACCAGCAUAUCCCAGGAGACAACAGCAUCUAUAUCACCAAGAUCAUAGAAGGCGGGGCAGCCCAGAAGGAUGGGCGGCUGCAGAUUGGUGACCGGCUUCUUGCAGUGAACAACACCAACUUGCAGGAUGUGCGGCACGAGGAGGCAGUGGCUGCAUUGAAGAACACCUCUGAUAUGGUGUACCUGAAGGUGGCCAAGCCAGGCAGCCCCCAUCUCAAUGACAUGUAUGCUCCGCCCGACUAUGCCAGCACCUUUUCUGCUUUGGCCGACAACCAUAUAAGCCAUAAUCCUGGUCUGGGCUACAUGGGUGGCAUGGAGAGCAAGCCAGCCUACCCUGCACCACCACAGGUCACACCUGCCCGAUACUCGCCUGUGCCACGCCAUAUGAUCGGUGAUGAAGAUUUCACCAGGGAACCCCGGAAAAUCACCUUGCACAAAGGUUCCACGGGUUUGGGCUUCAAUAUCGUGGGUGGUGAGGAUGGCGAGGGCAUCUUUGUCUCCUUCAUCCUGGCUGGUGGCCCUGCUGACUUGAGUGGGGAGCUACGGCGUGGAGACCGAAUUCUCUCGGUGAAUGGUGUCAACCUUCGGAAUGCAACGCACGAGCAAGCAGCGGCAGCACUGAAGAGGGCAGGACAGACGGUCACUAUCGUGGCUCAGUACAGGCCUGAAGAAUACAGCCGCUUUGAAUCUAAGAUCCAUGACUUGAGAGAACAGAUGAUGAACAGCAGCAUGAGCUCAGGAUCUGGCUCUCUCCGGACAAGCGAAAAGCGAUCUCUCUAUGUCCGGGCCCUCUUCGACUAUGAUCGAACUCGAGACAGCUGCUUGCCCAGUCAGGGACUCAGUUUUUCUUAUGGGGACAUCUUGCAUGUUAUCAAUGCCUCGGAUGAUGAGUGGUGGCAGGCGAGGCUAGUAACACCUCAUGGAGAGAGUGAGCAAAUUGGGGUCAUCCCCAGCAAGAAGAGAGUGGAAAAGAAGGAAAGGGCACGGUUGAAAACAGUGAAGUUCCAUGCUCGGACUGGGAUGAUUGAAUCCAACAGGUCGAUCAAAACGAAACGUAAAAAGAGUUUCCGCCUCUCUCGAAAGUUCCCAUUUUACAAGAGCAAAGAGAACAUGGCCCAGGAGAGCAGCGGACAGGAACAGGGAGUGACGUCAAACACCAGUGACAGUGAAAGUAGUUCCAAAGGACAAGAGGACACAAUUCUGUCAUAUGAACCUGUGACACGGCAAGAAAUUCACUACGCGAGGCCUGUGAUCAUUUUGGGACCUAUGAAGGAUCGAGUCAAUGAUGAUCUUAUUUCAGAGUUCCCUCACAAAUUUGGCUCCUGCGUGCCACACACUACCAGGCCCCGGCGUGAGAAUGAGGUGGAUGGUCAGGAUUACCACUUUGUGGUGUCUCGGGAGCAGAUGGAGAAGGACAUUCAAGACAGCAAAUUCAUUGAGGCAGGGCAGUUCAAUGACAAUCUCUAUGGGACCAGUAUUCAGUCUGUGCGGGCAGUAGCAGAGAGGGGGAAACACUGCAUUCUUGACGUGUCCGGUAAUGCUAUCAAGAGGUUGCAGCAAGCACAACUGUACCCAAUCGCCAUUUUCAUCAAGCCAAAAUCCAUUGAAGCACUUAUGGAGAUGAACCGGCGGCAGACGUAUGAGCAAGCCAACAAGGUCUUUGACAAAGCCAUGAAAUUGGAGCAGGAGUUUGGAGAAUAUUUUACAGCCAUUGUACAAGGAGACACUCUGGAGGAGAUUUACAGCAAAAUCAAACAGAUAAUAGAAGACCAAUCUGGGCAUUAUAUCUGGGUCCCAUCCCCUGAGAAACUGUGAAAUCCCACCCUCCAGCUGACUUCCUUGUGAGAAGAUCUGAGACCCCUCCCCCAAGCCCUCUGCCCCAAGCAGGGGAGUGUGAAUACUGUUCCUCUCCCUUUUUUAGAUUGUUGAGAAUUGAGUUUUCUAGUCCUGUUUUCUUUUUCUUGGGAUGGACCAAUCUCAUUCAUCAAGUGACUGUCCCUGCCAUUCCUGCAUGGACCUUCCUGCUGUUUCCUUAGAAACAGAGACAAAUCCCAUUUGAGAGUUGUGUGGGUUUUUCCCCUUUUAAAUUAUGAUCAGUAAAAUCAAGAAGCAAGAUGGGAAGUGGCAGCUGAGGACUAGCCUAAAGAGCUGCCAGAGCAACUGACUUGGACAGUGACUGCCCAUUAGACAUAUUGAAAAAUGUGGCAUAUGGGGGCAGCUUUAUAAAGAACAUCGUGAUCACCCAGCACUGUGACUGAAGGAGAGGCAACAGAAUGCAUAUAUUUAUCUGUAUAUGUAGUUAUAUAAUAUAUAUAUAUAUAUAUAUAUACACACACACACAAAUUAUAUAUAUAUAUAUAUUAUAUUUGGGCUCAUGUGAGGGAGUGCUUAAGUGGUACUGUGUUAAUGCAAGAAUUGUACUGCUGCUGUGUCUCAGCCAUUGGGCAUGGAAACCUGUUGUGGGAAAGAGCAAACAGAACAGUACCAGGUGUGCGUUGCAUGCUGCUCCUUUGUUUUCCAAAACCGAGGCUGUGGAGAAGGCUGCAUUUGGGAAGAACAGAGAACUGGUGCUGUGACUGGAGCAAGUAGAGGCUCAAAGCCCCAGGUGAACACAGCAGCUGAUCUGGUUACCAGAAAGCAAAUGGAUUAUGCUACAUAUUGAUUGCACAUUGUUUUAUGUCACCUGAUGUGUUUGCAUGAGAGGCUUUUUGUUUUAUUUUUUUUUAAGCUGGUGUUAAACCAAAAUCAAGUUUGUGUUGGUGUGUUGGCUUUUUCAUUAUUCCAAGCUUUUGAUUUUAAUAAUGAACUGAACGGGUAUAAAAUCCAGUUUUUUAACUUA